AAAUUAGUUGCUGUAAGAGUUUCGAGCAGUUCACAAGGAUUGAAAAAAGUUGCUCUAAAAUGAAAUUUUUAAUUUUUGCUAUUUUAAUUGCGACAGCAAGUGCUUAUGUAGAUAUUGAUCCAUUAUUAACAAGUCCUACACAAACAGUAUUUGGUGAAUUUCCAUCAGCAGUUCUAAUUCAAGCCCCUGGCACACCAAAUCAACCGUUAUGUGGUGGAACAAUUAUUGACAGACAACAUGUCCUUACUAGUGCACAAUGUGUAUUAAAUGCUCAAAAUCAGCUUAUUAAUCCAUUUUGGUAUAGAGUAACUGCCGGUGACAUUAAUAUUAUUCGUUCGACUGUCAGACGUGAAGUUAGAAGAGUUUCGAGAAUUUUCGUUCAUCCAAAUUUUCAGCCUGUAACUAGAAAUAAUGAUUUAGCUGUUUUGAGGUUAGCAGAGCCUUUCCCAGAAUUCCAUAAUUCAAUUGAGCCUGCAAUUAUUAAUGGAGAUAUUCCUGUGCCUGCUUCUGUUUGCCGAUUAGUUGGAUGGGGUGCCGGAUCAAAUCUCACAACAGCUGUUAUCCAGCCAGAACAACGAACAAUGAAUGCUCCAAUUAUCACAAACGCAAAUUGUAAUGUAGCAACAGUUCAUCAAAACAGAGUUUUAAGUACACACUUAUGUGCAGGAAGUAUUGCAGUGACAAAUCCAGUAACUGGUGCUUGUAGAGGAAAUAUCGGCAGUGGCUUGUACUGCAACGAAAGACUUGCGGGUGUUUUGUCAUUUGGACUCUCAUGUGGUGCUGUAAAUAUGCCCGGCGUGUAUGUUGAUGUUCGUCAAUAUCGUGAUUGGAUUAAUAGUCAAUUAACAAGAACUGAUAAUCCACAACCAGGUUGGACGCCAUCAUAAAUUGAUGUAAUUUUACUUUCCAUUUCACGCACACAAAUUUUUGUCUGAUUGAAUAAAAAAAUGUUUUAAUUCCGUAUAUC